GCCGCAGCAGGGGUGGGUGGAGGAUGUAGGCAUGCGUGAGUACGAACGUUUGGUCAACCCCUUCGUGGCUUUAUGAAAGGCGAAAUCCUUCCAUGAGCGGAGCAGCUGUUUAAAACCCCGUUUGUUGCAGACGAGUAGCUCGCCUCGGAAGAACCGGGCUAGAACACGGUCUUGUCUCUUCACCGCAGUCAGUUCGGCUUGGGUUAUCCUCCAGCUUCAAGUGUAACGUUAGGCUAUCUGUAUCCCCCCUUCCUCGUGUGCGCACACCGCUUCAAAACACAAACCACGGGGACGAGCCAACGGACGUAACGUUAGCCGAGAAGGGAAGUGGAUCCGUCUUCUCUUUCAUCAGACAGAUGCUCCCAGCCGCACAGCUUGACAGGAGUGAUGGGAUGUGUCAACUAGCAGACGAGGCAGCCCUAGAUGAUGUAAGCGGACUGAAGGAUUCAUCUGCAGUGUUCACGUUGGAGCGAGGCAGAGGUGGAACAGAGGAGGAGGAGGAAGACACAAGAAUGGGUGUGGGGAAGAAUACUACCUCCAAGUCAAUGGACAGCAGCAGUGAAGGUGGAAAAUUUGAAGAGGAGAUCAAGCAUGGCGAAGAUUUCUACCCUAUUCCGGUGGUGGUAAACGGCUUGGGCGGUGCCAGUGGAGACCAGGAUACUGAAAACACAGAGCUGAUGGCCAUCUACACUAAAGAUAAUCAUGGAGCAGAAAAGAGCUCAAUGUCUGAGACACUGGACAGCACCGAUAGUAUGGACGCAAGGAGGAUGGACAUGAUCUAUACAAUUGAAGACACCCCACCCUGGUACCUGUGUGUGUUCUUGGGCUUACAGCACUACUUGACGUGUUUCAGUGGCACUAUUGCUGUGCCGUUCCUCCUCACUGAGGCAAUGUGCGUCGGUUUCGAUCAGUGGGCCACCAGUCAGCUCAUUGGGACCAUCUUCUUCUGUGUGGGGAUCACCACCCUUCUACAGACCACACUGGGCUGCAGAUUGCCUUUGUUCCAGGCCAGCGCUUUUGCCUUCCUCGCACCAGCUAGAGCCAUCCUGUCACUGGACAAAUGGAAGUGUAAUACCACAGAGGUUCCAGUAUUCAACAGCACAGAGCUCCUCAACACAGAGCACAUCUGGCACCCCAGGAUACGAGAGAUCCAAGGGGCUAUCAUCGUGUCGUCUAUGGUCGAGGUAUGUAUCGGAGCGCUGGGUCUGCCCGGGAUCCUGCUGAAGUACAUCGGACCUCUGACCAUCACUCCCACCGUAACCCUUAUCGGCCUGUCUGGUUUCCAGGCUGCGGGAGAGAGGGCUGGAAAACACUGGGGUAUUGCUAUGUUGACUAUCUUCUUGGUGCUGCUCUUCUCUCAAUAUGCCAGAAACGUUCACUUCCCUCUCCCGGUCUACAAAGCCAAGAAAGGCUGGACUUCCUACAGGCUGCAGAUCUUCAAAAUGUUUCCUAUAAUCAUGGCCAUCCUGGUGUCAUGGCUGCUGUGUUUCAUUUUCACUGUGACUGACGUUUUCCCGCCGGAGGUAGGCAAGUAUGGCUACCACGCCCGCACAGACGCACGUCAAGGAAUCCUUGCAGCUGCACCUUGGUUUAAGAUCCCAUAUCCCUUCCAGUGGGGCUUUCCUACUGUAACAGCUGCAGGUGUGAUCGGCAUGAUGAGUGCAGUGGUGGCCAGCAUCAUCGAAUCGAUUGGAGAUUACUACGCCUGUGCACGACUCUCUUGUGCUCCUCCACCUCCCAUCCAUGCCAUUAAUAGGGGGAUAUUUGUAGAGGGUAUUUCCUGUGUGCUGGAUGGUCUUUUCGGGACAGGAAAUGGCUCCACCUCCUCCAGUCCAAAUAUAGGCGUCCUGGGAAUUACAAAGGUGGGCAGCAGACGUGUUAUUCAGUAUGGAGCCGCCAUGAUGCUGCUGUUGGGGCUCGUGGGUAAAUUCAGUGCCCUGUUUGCCUCUCUGCCUGACCCUGUCCUGGGAGCUCUGUUCUGCACCCUGUUUGGCAUGAUCACAGCGGUGGGACUCUCCAACCUGCAGUUUGUUGACCUCAACUCCUCCAGGAACCUCUUUGUUUUGGGUUUCUCCAUCUUCUUCGGUCUGAUGCUGCCGAGCUACCUUAAACAGAACCCGCUGGUCACCGGCAUAGUUGGGAUUGACCAAGUGUUGAACGUGCUCCUCACCACUGCCAUGUUUGUCGGAGGCUGUGUCGCCUUCAUUUUAGACAAUACUAUCCCUGGCACCCCUGACGAACGAGGCAUCGGGAAGCUGAAACGUGGCGUUGGCCUCAGUGCAGCAGAACUGGAAGGGAUGAGAUCGUAUGAUCUGCCGUUUGGAAUGGACGUUAUCCGCAAAUACCCCAUCUUCAAGUACAUCCCUAUCAGCCCCACUUUCCAAGGCUACCAGUGGGGGAGAAUACGGGAAGCCUGCAAGAGCAGAAAAGGACAUGGGGAUGCGGUGAAGGGGGGAGGAGUGGGCGCGGAGGGAGGCACAGCACUGGGGGAGAGUCGGGUAUAGCAAACGGGCUGAUGAAGCAAAAUCUUAAAUGUUGCUGCAAUGUGGGGAACAAGGGAUGGUACACUAAAACGAUGGGACUGUGGAGGACAGAAGCGGUGGAUGAUUCGGGAUUGUGUGGGAAAAAAAUGGAUGCACCAACCCCCUCGUCAGUAUGCAUUUUCUUUAGCUUGUGUCAGUCUUUUCCCACUUCCCACUAUGCUAUUUUAGGCAUGUUAUAGCAAGUCACAGCAUGCUAUAAAAGAUGUUGCCAUGCGGAGGUUAGUUGGUGUGUGUCCAUGUGGGUAUGCAACAAGAGAAUUCACAGGUUUGUGCAAACAUUUAUUUGCACUUUAAUCCAGGAAGAGACAGAUGGACAUUAAACUAUCGAAGAUGACUGCCCAAUUCCAUAAAACAUAUUCUGCAUAGUAGAUUUGAUUUUGUCAGUUGAGGAUUAUGCAAAUUCUGUUAGAAUAACUUUCCUCUAAACUCAUUAUGCAACCA